UGGUUUGUUUUCCUAAUAAGAGUCGACUGGAGGUCAUGUCAUAAAAUGUGCCGUUGAACUGGUAAUCUGCAUAAUCCCAUGGCUACUGCAAAAGCGUUAUUUUUGUGAUUGUGUUGUGCAUUUAGAAUCGGCCAUGUCGCAAGCAUCGUCUGGAUUCACUCCGGCUGCCCAAGUCCAGCAUGGGUCCAGUAAGGGUGCUUUUAAUUCUGCGUAUGUUCCCACUGAAGAAGAGAAGCGUGUCUUCAGGGAGUGCAACUCAGAAAGCUUCUGGUACAGAUCUUUACCGUUUUCUGCAGUAGCAGUCGGAAUCACUCAAGUACUGGUAGCAAAAGGAAUGCUUUCUCCAUCUCCACGAUUUGGUGCUCUUCCCAAAGUUGCCUUUGCUGGCAUAUUUGGAUACAUUGGUGGGAAAAUGUCUUACGUGAGGGUCUGUCAAGAAAAGUUUAUGAAACUGGAGAACUCGCCCCUGGGAGAGGCAUUACGACAGGGACGUCUGCAUCACAUGCCUUCUCAGAUGAACCAAACCGAUUUUGAUCCAAACCCAUCAGAAUCCCAGCAGCCUGGUUCAGAGUCCGUCCAACAGCCUGGGACACAAGUCAGCUCUGCAUCUGAGAGCUACAGCAGCUACACCAGUGACUACACUUACAGUACCCCAUCUCAGUCAUACGAGCCCACUCCUUUCAGCUCUGGAUUCAGUGAUUCUGGUCCUGCUAACAUCAGGGAUGAUUUACCUUCGCAAGCGCCACUCUAUAUAGAAGAGGAUGCGCCCAAGAAAAAGCCAGUGUUGUAUGAGGAACUGCGUAACAAGAACAGGGAGCACUAUGAAGUCACGCUCCCACAGAAAAACCAAACGCAAAUGAAACCACAAAUGGAGGUGACGGAACCCAAAAAGGAAGCUAAAAAGAACAAGUAUGGUGACUCUUGGGAAGAGUAAGUGAGAAUCAGAUGACUGAAGAGCUCAAAAUGGCUACAGUGUUUUUCCUCGCCUCAUCCUGCCAAGUCAGACCAAAUAUCUGAUUUAUAAUGCUAAUUUGAAGAUGAAUGUAUUUUAAGGAGCAAGGUAUUGGAAAUGAAUGCAAAUUUGGCAGAAUCAAGCACUUAGUCUAUUUGCUCUGAUAAAAUAUGUAAUCUCUUUUAGACUUCUUGUUUGUCAAUUAAAGUAUCAGUGUUUGGAAAAAUGAUUUCCAAUGUAACAAAUAAACGUUUUUUUUUUAGAUACAAUAAUGCUUAAUAUAAACCCAGGAAUGGGCAUGUAACAAAUAAAACUGUCAAAGUUGAUUCUCCACUGAAAAUUUAGUUCAAUGCCAUUUUAAAGCUAAGCACAGGUUACUGUUAUGACCGUGUUAUGACCGUAGAUGUGUUUAGACUUGGACCCAUGAUAAUAAUGACAUCAUCGUUAACUGAUGUUACAGUUAUUAGUCUUGUCCUCUGAGCUGGAGAUAAGAGAUAAUGAUUUCCUUCUACUGAAGUUCAUUUCAUUCUUAAUUGAAAUGAAGAUUUACAUUCAGUUCAAUUAUUUCAAAUAAAGCUGGUGGCAUCUGCAAACCA